AAAUCUACUCUGCGCAUACUAGAAGGAGCAACUCAAAAGGUUGUGGGGUUUGACUCUGCUCGGAACAAACCUAGGAAAAAUUGGUUGCGAUUGCGUCAGAUAUACGAAGUAUAGGAGAACAAUUGUCACUUUACACCUUACACCUUACACCUUACACUUACGAACGAACGAACAGCGAAUAGGGCGUAGCGAAACAGAAACGUGGGCUAAGAAUUUCUUUGCGACAACGAAUUUGGACCUAGUUAAGAAUUUGUGGAAAGGUGCGAUUGCGAACGAUUCGAAAGGAAGACAACAGAAGGAAGCCUUGAUUAAAACAAGAAAUAGAAAAGGGGAAGAAAAAAUGGCGACGAAUUCCAUUAAGUUGCUUACGGGCAAUAGCCACCCGCAAUUGGCAAAGUUGGUUGCUGAUAGGUGGGUUAUUUUCUCUUUCUUGAAGUUGGGUUACUAGGAUGGGAUAGAUAUGGUUACUAUGGCAGAGGGAUAGGCUGGGUAGGGAUGAGAACGCUUGGAUUUAUAUUUAGGGCUUUGGUGCUUUGCUUGGAGACGUUGUUAGAGAGUACCGAUGCGAAUGGAGAUGGAGGAAUUAUGCUGAUGAGAUUCGUGCCGCAGAUUGGGUAUUGAACUUGCAAAGACUAUGAGUUUGAACUAUUCGAAUCAAGAAACCAGCGUCACAGUAGGAGAGAGUGUCAGAGAUGAAGAUGGUUAGUUCUUCUUGUACCUCAUCCUAUCCCACACUACAAAAGAUUCUCAAUAUCCCUCACUAGUUUUCAUUCUCCAAUCCACCGCACCUGGUGAUAUUAACGAUGGACUCAUGGAACUGCUCAUCAUGAUCAAUGCCUGCAAAACCGCAUCGGCACGCCGCAUUACAGCUGUCAUCCCCAACUUCCCAUACGCACGUCAAGACAAGAAAGAUAAAUCCCGCGCUCCUAUCUCAGCGAAACUUAUCGCGAACAUGUUGCAAACUGCCGGUUGUAAUCACGUUAUUACUAUGGAUUUACAUGCAAGUCAGAUUCAAGGGUUCUUCAAUGUUCCAGUCGAUAACUUGUAUGCGGAGCCAAGUACUUUGAGGUGGAUUAGAGAAAACUUAGAGGUUAGCAAGUGUGUGGUUGUUAGUCCGGAUGCCGGUGGUGCUAAGAGGUGAGCCAAUUCUGCUUUCCUUUUGAUUUUAUCCGACGAAUGUCCGGUAGAUUAGUGAGAUGCAGGUUGUGGGAUGAAGAGAAUUGAUAUGGAGUGGCAUUUCCAUAGGGAAUCGCAGAAACUAACACUAUUUCCAGAGCAACCUCCAUAGCCGACCGUCUCGAUCUCGGUUUUGCCCUCAUCCACAAAGAGCGCGCCCGCCCUAACGAAGUAUCUCGUAUGGUCCUCGUCGGUGACGUCGUCGAUAAAAUCGCCAUCCUCGUAGACGACAUGGCCGAUACCUGCGGGACCCUCGUCAAAGCCGCUGAAACAGUCAUGGAACACGGUGCCAAAGAAGUCGUCGCCAUCGUCACCCACGGUAUCCUAAGUGGAGCUGCAAUCGAAACCCUAAACAAGAGUAAAUUGAGCAGAGUAGUUGUUACAAACACAGUACCACUCAGAGGAAAGGAGGAACAAUGUGGGAGAUUGAGGGUUAUGGAUAUUAGUGCUACGUUAGCUGAAGCAAUUAGGAGGACGCAUAAUGGUGAGAGUGUGAGCUUUUUGUUCACGCAUGCACCUAUGGACUAAGAGGGUCUCGAGUUAUCGGGGAGGAGUGACGUGGGUAAAAAGUUUCAGGGUUACGUUCAGGGUUUGAUGGGUAGGUAGAUCUGGGAUGGGAAUUGCAGCAGCGAUGGAUUUUGUGCUUAAACACCCGUCUGAACGGGGAACUGGAAACCUGAAAUCAGGAAAGCCCUUCCAUAUAUAAAUAGGCACGAAGCAGCUAAGAA